GCGUCAUCGCUUCUCCCCCUCGUCUACACCCACGACACUUCGCUAGGGUACUACAACCUGGGCCUUUUCUUCUUCUUCAAGACCUCGCCUCUCUUCAGUGCAUGCUCGAGGGCCCGCUCCAACUAUUCCCCUUUCUGGCGGGCUGCCUUUCUGCCGCCACUCCACCACCACCGGCUUAUUGUCGCUCUCUCAGAUCAUGCCCCCGGCCAACUCGCCAUCUGGAAAUCCCGCCCAGUCUCCCUCUGCUGCCUCUCUCCGGUCCCUAGCAGCUAACCCCAUUCCUGUACCCUCCCUCCCCGCCGCCGUGUCCGAUGACGCCCAUGAUGAUAACGUGAGCUUUCUACGAUCGCGUGUACGCUCCCCGCCCGACUCAUCUUCUUCGGCCAGCCGUCAGCGCCGUGGUCGACUACAGAACUUGAUGGAAUUCGAUCUCGCCUCGUUCGACUCGGAGGACUUUUCAAAUCCGCGCCUUGAAAGCAAUCGUCGCAUCCCGAUUGUGCGCCGCCAGCGCGACACCCCUAACUCCCAUCACAACUCCACUUCCAAUCCCAAUAGCCUUCCCAACUAUGAGGGCAGGAUGUCGAAUCCGCGCUCGCUUUACGGGUGGGCGCCUGCCUCGGAUGAUGACGAGGAUGAGGAAAUGAGUUACGAGCCCCUGCACGACAGCAACACCGUUUCCUGGUUUGGCCGCGUUUCGGAUCGAUAUGCUGCUUCGCGCAAUGCACGCCGUGAGGCUGCCGGCCGAAGUCCACCCACGGCCACAGACGAAUCCACAGACAACAAUACCCGUGCCUCCAACGAGUCACCGUACACAAUGGCGGACGCUUUGGUGCAGUCCAUACGCCGCCAACCACGCCCCGCUCGGACUCGGACUCUGCAGAACUACUUGGUAGAACGGGAACGUGCCAGUCAGGCAGCAGACGAACUGAGGGACCGGUCUGGCACCAGUUCCACUUCGCGAGCAUAUCGAUUUCUGCCCAGCAUACGCAUCGAACCCCAGCGACCCCUGACUCACAACGAUCUCCGCGCUCGAAUCAGUGCCCACCGACAGCUACAUAUGGAGAACCCGCCAAGUCCCCGCUUGAAGGAGACGAUUCGCUACCUGGACCGAUUACGGCAUUCUACCUCUUUCGAAGAGAGCUUGAUAUCCGCUGCCGCCGGGGGCUUCGUCCAGCUGGACUUUCUCAAUGGGGACGAAGACGAUUUCAUUAUCGACACUACGCUGAUUGCGCCGCCACCCGAAUCCUCAUGGCUCCGUCCUGGCAUGGUAUUUUCCGGGUCACAACGAGCCGCCAGCAGUGCCAGCGCGUUGUUCACACAGCGAAUCGCAAGCCCCUCGUUACCUCACGAUCCUCUCGUCAUCAACGGCAGCGAAACUAACCGCAUAAGCGUGUCCACGAGUACUGGUCGGCGAUACAUGGCAAACAAUAUCUAUAACCUUGGGGGCGUCAAGGACGAGAAUUGGCCCGUCAAAGUCACCAUCCACCACAUCAAUCACGACGACAUGACAUUAGCCGGGACCAUGGAGGCCUACAACAUCCCCGACAAGACGUCUCCAUCGCAUGACGCUCACAUCAUCACGUAUCUGGAGGGCGAGAUCAUCGACUUCAACAAGCACGGCCUGGAGACAAAGAACUUCAAGGCCGACGCCGAGAUUGACAGCACAUACUGGCGCGAGCUGCAGCCAUUCAAGCAUUUGACCGAUGAAGAGAUGACGCGGAACCUAGUGAGUCGCAAGUGGGUAACGGAGGCAUUGUCGAAGGGAUGGAUCCUGAUGAGAUGGAAAGAACGAUGCUUCAUCACCCCAACCGACUCACGCCAAGGUCUGACGAUCUCUGGGUUCUAUUACAUUUCGCUGAACCGUGAAAACGGACAUAUUGAUGGGUUGUAUUACGACCCGGGCAGUUCACCGUACCAGCAGCUAUCGUUGAACCCGGAGACGAGGAAGAUGGUGCAGCCGUCUUACGGGUUCCGGUAGGUGUAUUUCAUUGGAGUUGGCGUUGGAACUGGGUUGUUUUGGAGAUAUGCGCAUAGCCGGUGUUUGUCAUAUUAUGCAGCAGAAUCAUUGGGAACGUUGGGGCAAUUUCCAAGGCUGUCAAGCUACGUACAUAGUCUGAAUCUAGG